CCGAAAACGACGUCAAACAAGCGAGGAACGCGAGUCGGACGUCGAACGGUCGAAUGUUCGUGUCGGUGUUUUCUCAAAUUGGCAAAUACGAAAGUUUGGGAGAAAAAGACAGUUUUUUUUUCUGGCUGGUUGGUUUAUUUGACGGAAAUUUAGUGAUGGGACGCUUGGUGUGGCACUGUUACUAAACAUUCAGUUUUUUUCGCCGAUCUGGGAAUGUGAAUUGCGGCAGGUUUUUCGAAAUAUUUUGGAUUAUAUUUGUUUGAUUUGACUGUGAAUGGUGGCGGCCCAAAGCGAUUGAUUAACGCGAGCACACUAAAAGGAAUGUUGGCGGUUUUAUGUUGGCAGCAAUGGCUACUGUUACCACAGGCAUUUUAUCACCAAACUCCUACGUUUUAAGCCCAGAUGCGGUAGCCUUGAAGCUCGCCCAUCCAGAACCCAUGGAAACCUACCAUCACAGCCGGAACACCUUUGCUCAUUCAACUAGUUACUCAGAAUCGCACAAUUCCAGCGACUCAGAACAAGAAGUGCCAUACACGCCGCAAUCGCCCAGCAAUCGAACGCUGAACGUAUCGGAACCAAAGAGAAACAAGAGAAAAAACUUCAAGCCUCGUUGCUCCCAGAAUCCGCCGCCUGAGGACGAUGGAGCGAUGAAUCUGCCUGAGUACAAUGAAAACAACAAUGUGAACAACAAUGUGAGACGACGGAAGGCGCUGACUGGGCCGAGGAAGGUUAUCCAGGAGUUUACGCCUAUAGAUCUGAGCGGCUCCAAGCCGGAUUCAGAAGCCUCGGAGCGUCUCAGUCACGACUCGGAGCUGCUGAGUCAGGAAUCGGAAACGAAAAACGACUCCGACAAUUCGGACUCGGAUGAUUUUAACACUGAGAACUAUCGCACUUCGGAAAAUGAGGAGGCCAAAGAGGACUCGGAAGGAAUAUCCGAGGAAAACGACUCUAGCAAAAUACCCAGCAGCUUUUCCAUACACAACUUGAGCAAGCCACAUGUGGCGGAACAGGGACAGAAUUUGACGGCGGACCAAAUUUCUGAGAUGCGCAGCUAUGCAAUGAACACCAUGCGGGAACUGUUGGGCAUUUAUGGACUCACUUCUGAGGUGGCCGAAAGCAUUUCCAGACAGUUGCCGUUGGCUGCGUUCACCACUGGGAAAAUUUUCGAAAAUCUCUCCCUCGGUUCGUCGCAACGGAACUCAACAUCUCUGGGUGAGCCGCCCACUCCUCCUUCGACUCCUCUGUCGCCAAAGAAUGCGCACGAAUCGUCCCGAAGCGCCUCCUAUGCUCAAGGAACACCUCCUAGUCAUUUCUCCUCCAUGGGGCAGAAACUACCUCAAAGUCACAUCCCCAGCAGCUUAAGGAACACGAAUUUCGGCCAUGAGGCGAAAUUGGGCCAACAUUUCCCGCUAAACUUGAACGUGAAGAAGGAGAAGGAGUUUGGCGGUUUGGCCAACGGGUUUGGGGAUUGUGGAGAAUAUUCCUUCAGUGAGGAUGGCUACAGGAGUAAGAACGACGGGGACAGGUCAGAAGACGGACGACAUACGGGUCUUUUCUCUGGAAGUGCGGGGUUUUCCUUAUUGUACAAGACUGAAAGUUCAUCUCCGCCGCCUAUGGAAUCUCCUCUUAGCGCGAUGAUGCAGCAGUCGAUGUCCACGUCGUUGCAGCCGCGCGACAGUCUGUCCUCAUCCGGGAUGCUCAUCAACAAGUCUUCGCAAGUGGACUAUUCGAAGUACGUAAAAAAAUUCGCCUCCAGCGUCGAAUGUGGCAGCACGUAUUGCAAAGAUCUCAACUACAGAGAACAUUUCCACUGUCUCGACUGCAACUCCCGGGUCUUCAUCAAGAAGGAGGAGAUGAUCCGGCAUUUCAAGUGGCACAAGAAGCGCGAUGAAUCGUUGCAGCACGGUUUCAUGCGCUACAGCCCGCUGGACGAUUGUAGCGACAAAUUUUCGAACUGCACACACAACAAGAAGCAAACGCACUAUCACUGCAUUCAGGAAAACUGUGAUAAAGUAUACAUAUCGACCAGUGAUGUGCAGAUGCACAGCAACUAUCAUCGCAAGGACAGCGCUAUUAUGCAAGAAGGAUUUCAAAGAUAUAGAGCUACCGAAGAAUGUGGAGCUUCGUACUGUGCAUUCUUCGGUCAGAGAACCACCCACUUCCAUUGCAGAAGAACCGGAUGUCGAUUCACCUUCAAAAACAAGUCCGAUAUGGAAAAACACAAGUCCUAUCAUAUCAAAGACGAGCAACUGUCCAGGGAUGGGUUUAAGAAAUUCAUGAAAAACGAAAUUUGCCCGUUCGAGAAUUGCCGCUUUUCUAAAGUGUGUAAUCACAUCCAUUGCAUCCGGCCGCAAUGCUCGUAUGUGUUGCACAGUUCGGGGCAGCUUUUCUCCCAUAAGCGGAAGCAUGAGAGGAAGGAUAGCGAGCUGGCGUAUAGGAAAUACAAACUGGCUCAGAGCAUGAUGAAGACUUUGGCCGAGGGAGGCCUUGCCACAACGCCGGCCGCUCACAUGAGUUCCUUCAAUCCACUGGCCAGAGACUACGAGGCCCAAAUCGACAUGGCGAAUUUCUACAAUCAGCAAAACUCCAUGUCGAACAUGUCCAAUAUCUCCAACACGGAGAGUUUAAGCGACCGCAACUCUCCUUCGAGCUACAAUGACGAAUCCGAAGGCGCCUUGGCAAUGGACUUGAGUGCUAGUGAGGCCUCAAAUUUCGCUGCCCAGGAAGACACGUUCACUUCAGAGGACUUUUGGAGGAAAUAUUGCCAAAUUGUCAACGAGGGCCAGCAGUGCAACUUCAAGCAAAACUGCGACUACAACUUUCAGGAGCACUUCCACUGCAUCCAGGAUAACUGCGAGCUGAUCCUAACCAGCAAGGACUCCACCAAGGAGCACUCGAGGAACCACGAGCAGCAGGAAAUAAUCACUGACAACUUCUUUUCGAUCUCUGAACUGAAUGAGCCAUGCGAGGACCAGGCUUGUGUCUACCAAAACAAGGAGAAACACUAUCAUUGCAAUCUGGAGAGUUGCCGCGAAGUGGUGCUGUCUUCGGACAAGCCGUUCCGACGGCUGGAACACUACAAAAUGCAUCAAUACAGCCAGAAGUUGAGUUUGACCAAAGACCCGCUAACAGCCACUCAUCUAACCACCAGUAUUGACGGGAUGUUUUGCAGAAAACGCGGCCGUCCACCAAAAAACCGCGUGAUCGAAGUGUGGAAUGAUUACAAUCCAUCGGGAGCGCCCCAGAGCCUGAUGGACAGUCCGCAGGCGAUUUUCACCAGUUUCAAGUUGCCCAAACCGUCCACCACGCCCAGUACUAAAGACGUUGAGGUCCCAGAGGAAGAAGACGAUCGCGCGAGUCGUUUCAAUGCCCGAAGCCCAACUUUUCCGUUUUCUGUUGGACAAUCUGCCGCCUCCAACAUGGCAGAAUACGCCUCCACUUUACAGUCGUUCGACAGCUACGGGGAGAAUAUCAAAUGCCCCGACACGCUCUGCCCCUAUUUGGGAGCCUCGCAUUUCCACUGCAACCGCAAGCGAUGCUUGUACGCGACCGACCAGAUGGACUUCCUUCUGAGCCAUGCGAAGGACUUUCACGAAAACAUCGAAAUCCUGGAUGGCUUCCAGUUCUACGACCGAAUGGUGGACUGUCGUCUGCAGGGGUGCGCGUCGAAUAAAACCAACAGGCACUUCCAUUGCGUUCGGUCGAAUUGCAACUACAGUUUCGUCCAGUACUCCCAGAUGGCCAUCCACAGUCAAAAGCACGACACUUCGGCGAAUUUUUCCGGCAUCCGGGUGAAAAGCGAGGAGCUGUUGGUGGAAAAGUGCGAGGAUGAGAAGGCGCAUGUGGAAAGCGAGGCGGCGGUCAAUUUGAGCCAGCCAAAUGCGGACACCAACAAAGUUUCCGUGGUGAGGGCUUCUGGAACCUUUUACCCUAUUUCUACAUUACCACCCGUUUCGGUGGAUCAGCGAUGUUCACCCUCCAAUCAUGUCAUAUCGACAGAUCAGACGUUUGAUCCGCAAUCGGCACCAUCAACCACGCUUUAUGGCACUGAACUGUCCUGCAGCCGCCCGUUCUGCAAGCUGAAGCGGAAACCGCACUAUCAUUGCAACACCUGCAAUCAGGCGUUUUCCGAGCUGGACAAGUUGCUACCGCACGUCGCUAGACACAGCAACAGUGCUUUUCAUCAGGGUAGCAACACGUCGCCUCACGCUGCUAUGGACAGCAGCAACACUGAUCGGGACACGGAUAGUUACUGCGAUGCAAAAGAGGAUCGUAGAAGUACUCCGGAAAGUUCAGCGGGAGAAACUCAGAAGAUCAGCGUCGCCUCCUUAUCAAGCUUGCAGGGAAAUCAGAAUACCAUCGAAAAGCACCAGCAAGCUUCUACUCCAAAGCCCGAACAGCCGGAAGCACCGCGCUAUUUUUCGACGCCAACAUUCGACGCUUACAGUCACUUUAGUCAAUUUCCCCCGAACUUUGCCACUCAAAUCGCACUGAUGCAACAGCAAAACGCUUUCCUGCCGCAAAACUUGUAUCCACAAGGCAUUCCGUCGCAGCUGAUGUUUCAGCACGCUCAACUGAUGCAAAGUCCUCUGUUGGGACAUCAACCCCACAACUUUCAGACGGAGAAUUUAACGUCUCCGUUGGCCGCAAUGGCAGCGAAUCUGAAUAAAAGAGCGCUGAGUCCGCAUGAAAUGAGCACCGAGGCGAAAAAGGCCCGCAUCCAGAACUCCAUGAGGAUUUUAAAGGAUGAGCCAGUUCCUGCUGGUUACUUAAGAUUCCGGUUCAAUGAGGACUGCAAGUAUCAACAUUGCGGGUAUAGAGAACAUCAAACUCACUUCCACUGCCAGCGGCAAGACUGUGGAUAUUCGUUUUGCGAUAAGACGCGAUUCGUGCAGCACACAGCGCGCCAUGAAAGGCUGGACACUCUUAUGGGGGGCGAUUUUCAACAAUACAGGGCUAACGUUGCUUGCGGCCGACCAGACUGUGCUUAUACAGCUAAUUUAGGUUCGACGCAAAAUAAAGCCUCACAUUUUCACUGCUUGAAAUGUGAAUUUGUGUGCACUGAUACGAACAAAGUGGUGGCUCAUCGCCGGCAACAUCAGAAGCUCGAUAGCAUCCAAGCUGCGGGUUUCGAAAAGUUCACCCCCAGUCAAAUUUGCCGCGUGCAAAAUUGUCAACAUAGCGGCAAACAAACGCACUACCAUUGCUUAAGUUGCCAAUAUGCCGUUUUGGGGCUAGCGCAGAUGAGCGCCCACAAGUACCGACACAUGGAAGGGUAAAUCGAGUGCAAAGAAUUCCCAGAAGAAUUAUUUGCCCACAUUUGUAACAUAUCAUGAUUGCUACAUAUAUUUUUUAAGAUUUUACGAACUUUUUGUACAAAUCAAUCGUUUAUACAUGUUAUCGAUGCAAAAUUUAUAAUACUGAAUGUAAGUUUAUUGUAAAUAGUCAAAGAGACACGAGAAUGUACAAAUUUUAGCUCUAGUGAGAUUGCGAAAAAAUAAGGUUUGUACAAAAAAAAACUAUUAAAUUUACCUCAACUCAAACAAUAGCAAUAUAUUGGGCUCUCACAUAUAGAAAUGUUUUUCGGGCUUUAAAGCCGUGGUCGUGGACGAAACGUCAGGAAGAAAUUCCCAUGGAC